AUGAUCAUCGAAGACGGGAUCCACGACCCGGUGAUGCGGGCGCUCAACUUAGGGCUGUACCCGCGCGCCGUUGCCGCCGACAACUCCUGGGCCCACCUGCCCCAGCCGUUCGACCGCAUGGUCUACUGUGACUACCACGUCAGCCGGUUAAUCGCCACCGAGUUCCACGGCGACGAAUUGCCCGACGACAGCCACGUCCUGGCUGAAGCGAAACAGACGUUGCUCGACUUGUUCAGCGUGCUCGACAACGUGUCGCUGCUGACGAUGGAAUACGAGGAACGGCUCUAUUAUAGCGUCAUCAGAGCCCACAUGUGCUUCUUGGACGGGCGCAUGGACGAGAUGAAGCAGGUGCUCACCCUGAUUACGGUGGUGCGCCAAGGCGCCGCCGCCCCGACGCUGGCGCUGGUCCACCACCUCCAGUUCGUGCUGUACGUCACCGUGCGCUACUACGUGUUGUUGGGGCUCACCAAUUGGAAGUACUGGCUCGACUACCUUACUCUGUUUGCCGAGCUGUUCACUAAGACUCAAGUGGCCGCCAACCACUGGCUCCGCAAUUUGUACUACGAAUUGGGGCUGACGCUUGCGCUGAACGGCCAGCUCACCUGGGGCGACAUCCUGGAGCUUCUGUUUGCCAAAAAUGAAUUAAGCGUCACUGGGUUCUGCCUGUACCUCAUCUUACACACCAAGCUUAGUGACACCAAGUUCAUCGAACAGUUUAUGGCGUGGUUGGACCAGAGCAUCCUCGCCAAGAUCAAUGACCCGCGCCACCGGUUCCCCGACGCUGCCCAGCUGACGCCCGAAAUCGAAGCGUUCGUCACUCAGCUCUACGAGCUGGUGGAGUCGUUCCACCGCAUCGCCCUGACCGCUCCCGUGCGCACCCGCCAACGGUUGCUUAAACCGCUGACGCUGCACCAAUUCUUGUUGGCCCAGCUCCUGCGUACUUAUCAACUGAAACAGGUGACGGCAAACUUGAUCUAUACGUUGAUCUCCAUCGACGAAAACGACGAGGCGUUGGCCGCGUUUGAAACCAUCAUCCAAUACCUCAAAUUGGAUGAAGCCCACAGCCACGGCAAUAUCGACGACGUGUUGUCGGUGAUCAACUUAUAUCUGACGUGUCUUUUGAAGCUUAACCCCAAGAACGGCGCCCGCUUCUUGUACCUGGACGACACCUCGGUGCUCCAUAAGCUCAAGCAAGCGGAGAAGAAGUUACAGGAAUACCUCGAUAAGUUCUGCGAGUACGCUGAAAUCUCCGUCACCGGUGACGAUGACGACCUCGGGUUCUUAUACAAGAAGUACAACCCCAAUUUGACCGGUGUCGACCGGCUGACGUUGGUCGACGUCGUGCUGCAAGGGUACUACGCCCUCGGCCAGUUUGAGGACGUCACCGCAUCUCGUCUCAGCCCUACCCUCGAGCAAAUGGGCACGGCCCUGGAUCAAGCGCUCAAUCAAUACCGUCGCGCCGUCAUCAUCAACACUACUGGCAACCCGCACUAUCUCUAUACUUACUCGCGGUGCCUUGCCACCAUGGGCCGCCUCAAACCGGCUUUGAAGUUGUGCAAGUUCACCCUCAAAAAGUACCCGGAAACGUUUAAUACCUGGAACUUGAUGGUGCUUAUAUUGUCGGCCUUCGAAACUAACCGCCACGGCCAAGGCGUCGUCACCAGCCAGACAGAGCUGGAGAAGUUCAUUGAGAACGCCCUCAACAUCGCUUCGCUCUACAACCAGAAAAACCGCGGCCGGGUGUCGUUGGAAACCCGGUACGAGAUUCUUCAAUUGAAGCUUACUCAAUUGGCCGUGCUUGAGCAGAACCAUGGUGUCAACUAUAUCUUAGAGCAUAUGACCGACUUAUUCGUGUUGUACCAGGAGUUGUUUGAGACUACACCCUCUGCGCAGCCUCUGGGCAAAGUGGUGCUGCUGGUGCACGAUUCCACCUGGAGUCACCGCCCCAGUGUCAUUGACCCGGCGUCGAAGAAGGACACCCACGCCGAUGAAAUUACUCCCCAUGCUAACGGCCACGUGGUGAAGAUCAGCGGUCAACACAGCCACUCGACGCUGCGUCGUCAUCUGCUUUCGCUCGACCGUUUCCGCCGGUCGCUGAAGCACGCGAAGCCGACAUCGGCGCCCGCUCCUGCUGUUCCUACCACUACCGCCGCCGCCGCCGCUGCCGCCUCCGUACUGCGUCAAGCGCUGGUUAAACGGCCGCAAACGUCACAAGAACGUACCGAAGUCACCGAACGCAAAAUCCUCCAGGAAUUGUGGUUGUGGACAUCUCGUGUUUACAUGCGGGUGGGACUUGCUGACGAAGCCGAACAAUGUCUUGUGGAAGCGGAGCUGAUCUAUGAACCCAACGUGCGUACUUACACCGCCUUGGGUUACUUGACCAGUGAACUGCGUAAGUUCUUAGCCCUCCAGGAGUUUGAGAGACUGUUGGAGAUCAUGACCACCACCGGCUCGCCCUUGAGCGACUACGGCUUAACUCUUUUGGGCCUUGCUAAGUUAUUCAUCCUCGACGACAGACCUGAACUGCUGUUGUUCAUCUCGGCGGAGGACCGCAAGGCAGGGCUUAUCCGUCUCAAGGCGUUGUUGGAAGAGUACGCCGCCACCUGGGGCUACGGUUAUACAACCCCCGAGGUGUGGUACUUUUUGUCGAAGAUUUAUGAAGUUGUCGACGACAAAGUCCUCCUCAAAAAGCUGUUGUGGCGGUGCAUCGAGCUUGAAGAUUACCGUCCGGUGCGCGCAUUUAACACCCUCGAAGGGUUCCGGACAUUAUAG